AUCCCCUUACUUUCCCCCUCGGGAGACUCGUGGAUCGCGUUUUUGAAUCGUCUUCUUCCUCUUCCUCUUCCUCUUCUUCUCUCUCUUUCUCUUUCUCGUUCUCUUCUUCGAUCAAACCCUGAUCCCUCGCUCUUUGUAUUGGGAGGAGCUAGAGAAGCGGCGCCGAUGGCUUCGGAUAGCUUCGGCGACAAGAACGCCGUAUUCCGGAAGCUCCAGCUCAAAUCGGAGAACAAGGUGUGCUUUGAUUGCGACGCGAAGAACCCGGCGUGGGCGUCGGUGACGUACGGGGUCUUCCUCUGCAUCGAUUGCUCCGCGGUCCACCGCAGGCUCGGCGUUCACAUCAGCUUCGUGAGGUCAACUAAUUUAGACUCAUGGACUCCGGAACAGCUGAAGAUGAUGGCUUUCGGAGGCAACAAUCGCGCGCAGAUCUUCUUUAAGCAGCAUGGGUGGACAGACGGUGGGAAAAUUGAGGCCAAGUAUACAUCAAGAGCCGCUGAGUUGUACAGGCAGAUGCUGUCCAAGGAGGUUGCAAAAAGUCUUGCAGAAGACAAUAGCUUGCCGUCCUCACCUGUUGCUGUAUCCCUGGUACCAGAUAUAGGAAGUGGACUUCCUGAACUUAAGCUUGCGGAGGAAACAAAAGCAAGCACGAAUGAACAGCAUGAAACUGAGAUUGCCUGUUCCCCUAGAGGUCCAGUUCGUUCUACAUUUAUCAGUUCUAUCAAGAAGCCUAUUGGUGCAAAGAAGAUCGGAAGCAAGAGUGGAGGACUUGGAGCCCGAAAGCUUACUACAAAGCCAAUUGAAAACCUCUAUGAUCAGAAGCCUGAAGAACCAACCCCUGUUUUGACAUCCUCGGCUAGUACCACCACAUUCCAAGGGCUAUCCCUCCCUUCUCAAUUUGAAUACAUGGAAGAUAUACCAUCAUCGGCUGAGAUCACCUUCGGAGGAGCUCAGGAUAUCGGUCAUGUUACACCACCAAAAUGUUUGAACUUCUUUGCACAGUUUGAAAUGGACGGUGGGUUUCAGAAAAAGUUAAUCACUGGUUCAUCCAAGGCACAGAUGCAAGAAAGUAAUGAAGCUAGACAAAAAUUUUCAAAUGCAAAGUCAAUAUCGUCAGCUCAAUUCUUUGGCGAUCAGAACAAAGCUGAUAUAGAUGCUCAAAUCUCCCUUCAAAAGUUUUCGGGUUCGACGUCCAUUUCAAGUGCCGAUCUGUUUGGUCAUAAUGAGGAUGAUACUCGUCUUGAUGCAGCUGCUGCAAACCUGAUCAACCGAAUCUCAUUCAAGGCAUCACAGGAUUUAUCGUUGCUCAAGGACAUAGCAGAAGAGACGGGGAAGAAACUGACGUCACUUGCUUCCAAUCUUUUCAAUGAUCUUCAAGGCAGAAUUCUCUGAACCAUGUGAUUCAUUAGAUUUUUGUGAAUACAUUUUCAGAGGGGGGCCUCUUUUAUUGAUACAAGCUCAUAUCAAAGUCACCAAGGCUGGCUAUUCUUGCUGAGCACGGCUCAUUCUAUGACUAUUUGAAGCUGUGAAGCUAUAGCAAAAUAUAGUAUUCUAUUUUUUCGUAUUUUUUAGUAAAAAAAUAAUAUGCUGAGUUUAAGCUGUGUAAAGAUGUGAUUUGCCGU